AUGGGUGAACACGGAAGCCACGACGUGGUGAGUAAGGGGCUGCUGUUCCGAUAUGGAGAGGAGAGGAAGACUUCAGUGACUUAUGAAGAUGUGCACAUUGACUUCACUCAGGAUGAGUGGAUUUUGCUGAAUUCUUCCCAAAAGAGUCUCUACAAAGGUGUGAUGCUAGAGACAUACAGGAACCUCACGGCUAUUGGCUACAGUUGGGAAGAUGAUAAUUUUGAGAAGCAUUGUCAAAGUGCUAGAAAACAUGGAAGUCAUCUUCAAAGGCAUGAAAAAAUUCAUUCUGCAGAGAAGCCAUAUGAUGAUAUUCAAUAUGAUGAAGCCUUUUCCUAUGAAUGUAAUGAAUGUGGUAAAGCCUUUACACUGAACAACAGUCUUCGAAUACAUCAAAGGACACAUACUGGAGAGAAGCCUCAUCAAUGUAAUCAAUGUGAUAAAGCUUUUGCGAGUCAUGGUGAGCUUCACAGACAUAAAAGAACACAUACUGGAGAGAAGCUUUUUGAAUGUAAGCAAUGUGGUAAAACCUUUUUAUAUAUCAGCAGUCUCCAGCUUCACAAAAGAACACAUACUGGAGAGAAACCCUAUGAAUGUAAUGAAUGUGGUAAAGCCUUUACAGUGAGCAGUAGUCUUCGAGAACAUGAAAGGAGACAUACUGGAGAGAAACCUUAUCAAUGUAAUCAAUGUGAUAAAGCUUUUGUGCGUCAUUGUGAGCUUCAAAGGCAUAAAAGAACACAUACUGGAGAGAAACCCUACACAUGUAAUCAAUGUGGUAAAGCCUUUUUAGCGAACAGUAAUCUUCGAGUACAUCAAAGGACACAUACUGGAGAGAAACCUUAUCAAUGUAAUCAAUGUGAUAAAGCUUUUGUGAGUCUUGGUCGUCUUCACAGUCAUAAAAGAACACAUACUGGAGAGAAGCCCUUUAAAUGUAAUCAGUGUGAUAAAGCUUUUUCAGAUCACUCUAAUCUCCAAAAGCACAAAAGAACACAUACCGGAAAAAAGCCCUUUGAAUGUAAUCAAUGUGAUAAAGCUUUUUCAAAGCACUCUAAUCUCCAAAAGCACAAAAGAACACAUACUGGAGAGAAACCCUAUGAAUGUAAUCAAUGUGGUAAAGCCUUUUCAUGUAUCAGUAGUCUAAAAAGACAUAAAAGACUUCAUACAGGAGAGAAACCCUAUAAAUGUGAUCAAUGUGGUAAAGCCUUUUCACAUCUCAGUAGUCUAAUAGUACAUAAAAGAACACAUACUGGGGAGAAGCCAUAUGAAUGUAAUCAAUGUGAUAAAGCCUUUUCACAACUCAGUAAUCUACAAAAACAUAAAAGACUUCAUACAGGAGAGAAACCCUAUGAAUGUAAUCAGUGUGGUAAAGCCUUUUCACAACUCAGCAAUCUGAAAAUACAUAAAAGUACACAUACUGCAGGAAAAACUCUAGGAAUGUAA